GUAGAGGUAGUAGUAGACCCAGACGCCACUUGUUGGCGUCAAUGUCCCUCCCAAAUCCCAAGAUGGGACUGGCAGCAUCUAAAUUAUCUAUGCCCCUUUGCCACCUUUAGGCUACCAAAAAUCGUAGGCACGCUACCGCGACAUUAGGGGCACCUUUUUAAAAAAAAGGCAGAAAUUAUAUAAGUAGUAAUAUCUAUCAAUUUGAUGCACUAACACAGAAGAUAGCUACUCAACACAUCAUCGUCAUUCAUUAUACAAGCCACCUCCGUUAAUUUCCUCACCCAUCCCUUUCCCUCUUUCUCUUUCUCUUUUCUUUUUCAUCACUCACUUUUCACUCCUCAGUGCCCCCAAAUCAUUUAUAUUAUUUCUCUUCCCUCACCCUCACCCUCAUGUCAACAAACCCAUGCUUUGAGAGGCUCGGGAAUCCAUUAAUAAAUUACUUUUCCUUUCAUUUAAUCCUUUAAAUCCAUGGAAUCGGUAUCAUCUGCCUCGAACGCCAGUUCCCGUGGAAGUAAGACAAGGGAAAUCGACGACCUACUCGCCGGGGUGGGUUACAAAGUGCGGUCAUCGGAGCUGAGUCAAGUGGCGCAAAAUCUGGAGCGUUUAGAGAACGUGAUAGUGAACUCAUCCACCGACAUAUCUCAACUGGCUUCGGAAACGGUACUCUACGAUCCCUCAGACAUAGGUUCGUGGGUGGACACACUCCUCUCGGAGUUGGACCAAACAGUGUCCAUACCCUACGAACUCUCUCAGCUACCUCAACUCGCCACAGAUCAAAGCCAUCAACUAACGCUGGUAACAACCGUGGAAGAAGACUCGGGAAUAAGGCUCGUACACAUGAUGAUGACGUGUGCAGAUUCCGUGCAACGUGGCGACCUCUCAUUCGCUGGCUCCCUCAUCGAGGGCAUGCAAGGGUUGUUAGCGCACGUCAACACCAACUGCGGCAUCGGAAAAGUGGCUGGCUACUUCAUCGAUGCGCUGAGCCGCCGCAUCUUGGCGCAAAACGUUUUCCUAAGCACACCUUACGAGAACGAUGUGCUCUAUCACCACUACUACGAGGCUUGUCCAUACCUCAAGUUCGCUCAUUUCACCGCCAACCAAGCCAUCUUAGAAGCCUUCAACGGCCACGAUUGCGUCCACGUCAUCGACUUCAACCUCAUGCAGGGUCUCCAAUGGCCAGCGCUUAUUCAGAUCCUGGCGCUUCGUCCUGGUGGGCCCCCCCUCCUGCGUUUGACCGGCAUCGGUCCUCCCUCGCCGGACGACCGCGACUCGCUCCGCGAAAUAGGCCUGCGACUCGCCGAGUUGGCUCGCUCCGUCAACGUCCGCUUCGCGUUUCGCGGCGUGGCAGCGUGGCGCCUGGAGGAUGUGAAGCCAUGGAUGCUUCAGGUGAGUCCCAAGGAGGCGGUGGCGGUGAACUCAAUCAUGCAGCUCCAUCGACUUCUGGGGUCGGAAUCCGACCCAGCUCGUUCGGGUUCGGGUAUUGACGUGGUGUUGGGAUGGAUCCGGAGCUUGAACCCGAAGAUCGUGACGGUAGUGGAGCAGGAAGCGAACCACAACGGUGAAGGGUUUUUGGAGCGGUUCACGGAAGCGUUGCAUUAUUACUCGACCGUUUUUGAUUCGCUGGAGGCGUGUCCGGUGGAGCCGGAUAAGGCGCUGGCGGAGAUGUAUCUGCAGAGAGAGAUUUGCAACGUGGUGUGCUGCGAGGGAGCGGCUCGGGUCGAGAGACACGAGCCGCUGGCUAAGUGGAGGGAGCGGCUCGGGAGAGCCGGCUUCAGACCCUUGCAUUUGGGUUCCAAUGCGUUCAAGCAAGCCAGCAUGUUGUUGACUCUCUUCUCUGCGGAGGGUUACUGCGUUGAAGAGAACCAAGGGUGCUUGACUCUGGGCUGGCAUAGCCGCUCUCUGAUUGCGGCUUCGGCUUGGCAAGCCGCGCCGCUCCUGGAUGGCGAAACGCUGCGUUUUGAUCGCUGA